GUGCCAGGUGGCGCUGUACGCCAUGGGGCGCUGCCCCGACGUGUUCCCGCAGCCCGAGCGCUACGACCCGCGCCGCUGGCUCGGCAAGGACGACACCACCUUCAAGGCCUUGGCCUUCGGCUUCGGCGCGCGCCAGUGCAUCGGCCGGCGCCUGGCCGAGGCCGAGAUGAUGCUGUUCCUGGCGCACGUCCUGAGCAACUUCAGCAUCGAGGCCGUGUCCAGCGAGGACGUCCCGACCGCGUUCCGCUUCAUCCUGGUGCCCCAGAGAUCGCCGCUGCUGACCUUCCGCCUCCUGGAGUGACCAAUGGUCACUCAAUGGUCACUGACCGGUCAUUGGGGUCACUCAGUGGUCAUUGGGGUCACUCAGUCCCGACCGCGUUCCGCUUCAUCCUGGUGCCCCAGAGAUCGCCCCUGCUGACCUUCCGCCUCCUCGAGUGACCACUGGUCAUUGGGGUCACUGACCGGUCAUUGGGGUCACUCAGUGGUCACUCAAUGGUCACUGGGGUCACUCAGUCCCGACCGCGUUCCGCUUCAUCCUGGUGCCCCAGCGAUCGCCGCUGCUGACCUUCCGCCUCCUGGAGUGACCAGCGGUCACUCAAUGGUCACUCAGUGGUCACUCAGUGGUCACUCAGUGGUCACUGUGGUCACUCAGUCCCGACCGCGUUCCGCUUCAUCCUGGUGCCCCAGAGAUCGCCGCUGCUGACCUUCCGCCUCCUCGAGUGACCACUGGUCAUUGGGGUCACUCAGUGGUCACUGUGGUCACUCAAUGGUCACUCAGUCCCGACCGCGUUCCGCUUCAUCCUGGUGCCCCAGCGAUCGCCCCUGCUGACCUUCCGCCUCCUCGAGUGACCACUGGUCACUCAAUGGUCACUGACCGGUCAUUGGGGUCACUCAGUGGUCACUCAGUGGUCACUCAAUGGUCACUCAAUG